AACUGCUCGGUUCAGCAGUACAUAGCCGUAUUAAUAGUCUACAUUCCGCGAGGAGCUCCCGCCGCCGCCAUGAGGACUUCCGCUCUCCUUGUCGCGCUGGUUCUUCUCUCCGCUCUGCUUCUCGCUGCUAACGCCGUCCCUGAGCGUGCCUCCGCUUUGGAGAAGAGCAGGCGGAUCCUGAGCCACAACGGCGACGACGAUCGCCGCAGCAGCAGCAGUUCCAACUCCGACUCGUCGUGCCUGAAGAAGUUCAAGACGAGCCAGUACAAAUGCAACAGGGAUCACAAGUGCUGCGACAGCGAGAGAGACGGGUGCACGCGGCGCAAAUCGUGCGCGGCGAAGGCGUACCAGAAGUAUAAGACGUGCGUGUACGGCGACUCGUCGUCUUCUAAGUCGGACUCGAGCUGGGACUGCAAUGAUUGGUGCAAGUACAUCAAGAAGCAGUGCAAGAGCGACGACGAAGACAACUGCGAUCGUAAGUACAAGAACUGCCAUGAUAACGACUGCUCCUAGAAGGCGCGCGUCAGUGUGGUACUGUCGCGGUAAUUCACGCGCCAGAUCAUCAGGUAAUUCGCAACGAGACAUUGGGCUGAACCUUUCGAGUUUGGCCAGGUUUCGAGUUUCGAGAUUUCCCAUGACUCGAGUCUAGGAUGGGCUGGUACCAAUCUAGGAUGGGCUGGUACCAAUCAGCUUGUUGGUAAGGGGGAAAGGGGGUGGGAGAGAGCUCCUAAUUCAUCUACGUGGUGUUAGAAUGAGACUUUGUGUUGGAAAUAAAUACCGGUAGUGCUAAUUCUGUUCGGGGUCUCCCUGAAGGCUUCGUGUCGAGACAAGAUGGUUUGGGUAAUAAGUUCCAUUGGGGAGAGCGAGGUGGGAGGGAGCACCAAAUUGGGGGAAUGUGGUAUUUUGUGGGAAUAAAUCAUGUCAAUUUUGCUGCAAGUCUCCCUAUAAUUAAUGGAUUCAUUUUGU